GCAGGCGCCGAGGUCGACCAUGGCGCGCCUGCUAUACCCGCACAGCCGCCGCGCGUACCGGAGCGCCUUGGCGACGCAGGCGCCGCAGUCGGAGUACUCCGGCGCCGCCGACGAGUUGGCGCCGCAGAAGGCCGACGUGGAGAUCUGGUCGGGCCGCUCGCCGACGAGGACAUCGACGCCGGAGGAGGAGGAGGAGGAUCCGUUCGCCACCAUGGCUGGCAGCGUGGCGGCGACACGCCGCAGGUUGGCCUCGUACGAGCUGUUGGGAGCGAACCGACCCUGCACCAUCCCGCACAUGUGGAACGGCGGGCGGUGGCCGCCGCCGCCGUCGUCGAGGACGGCGGCGGCGGCAAGCGGCGGCGCGACCAGGGCGAGGACGAGGAGGAGGAUCGCGGCGAGAGUCAUCGCCGGAGAAGAGAUAAUUCAGCCGGAGUAGUAGUAC